AUGGGAGCUGCUAUAUUUGGCGAGGAGUCUGGCGACGUCGACUAUGAUUUGAGAGAUCCCGAAGACCUCAUAAACUUCCUGAUUGAUGCCAACAUACGGCUGGUAAGACUGAGCUACCUGCUAGAGCUCAACGCUGCUGGGCGUCUUUGGCCACGGUGCCAAGAGGCAGAGGAAGCGGGCUUGGUGAAAUGUCACGAAAUGGAGUGCCUGAAAAGAGCAGAAUAUGUCGUGGAUGAAAAACAUUUUCCCCCCGUGUGCGGUGGGGCUUUUGUAAGACAGCGCAGAGAUACCGCAGCGGGAGAAGGACGAGUUGUCAGAAUAUAUUCCGUAUCUCAUUGCUGGGAGGCGCAGCAACAUCCAGACCCCUUUGGGUUUCAAGCACACUUACUCUUGAAGUGGUUCAGAGAAACCAGAGACUUCUCGGCUUUUGGAAAAAACGAUCCGGAUCAAUGUUGGCUGUUCAUCGACUUUAUCUCCCUACCUCAGUACAAGCGUACAGAGGCAGAAGAGCAACACUUUCGUCAUGCCAUGAGCUCGAUGCAUUUGCUCUACUCGCACGCGGCUAUUUACCACGUAAUCCGCUUGGAGAAAAUCAUGCCAUCUCACCUUCACAGAUCUUUGCAGCGAGACUUCAUCGAGAUCUAUUGCGAGACCACCAACAAGGUCGAGCUCAGACCAUUUGCGGAGUUGGUGAUGAACGAUACGCUGUACUUUCAACGAGGCUGGUGUGUUGCUGAAACUCAGUGGAUGUGCACACGGUCUGUCAGUUGGGAACGCUCACCGAUGACACCCGCCAUGUUUCAAGAGCGUGUCAUCCGUGGAAUGGAGGGGGAUCCAGAUGGGCUCGUGUUGAUAUUCACCCACCGCAGCGAUCUUGAAUCCGUUGUCCAAUUGCAAGAGAAAGUUUUUCGCCAGCACGCUCAGCAGCAAAAGGUAUUGUAUCUGUAUAACCUGCCCGAUACAGAACUGCAAGUACUUGCUGAGACAUUGCCAUCGCUUGUGAGCUUGCAGGUCCUCAUUGUCCAGGAUGUUGAUCAGGAGCACGAAAGAACAAAUUUGCGUCAAUCCCUUGCAGCGCUGGCGGCAUCUAUGCCAAAGUGCAAAGAGCUGUUCUAUGCGAAUGCCUUUGGAGUUGAUCUCCUUCUUUUGGGGGACCCUCCACGCAGAUCCCCUCCAAUCUCUGCUUGGUGCAAUGCUUCACAUUACAAUGUCAUCGAGAGCCAUUUCGUGAACUUCUUCUGGCGCAAGUUCAAGAUCAAGUUCAAGCGCAAACACGGCGUCAAGAGGCGCGAGCGGGUGAACUACAUCGGCAAUAUCAAGCCAUUCCUGUGGCGCGCGGCGCGAGUUCGCCAGCCUCCACCACUGCUCGUACAUCAAGAGGACGGUGGAAUUGCAGAGGAUCAGCUCAAAGCACGACCCUACUUCUUCCGUGGUGUCUCGCACUGGCUCUUUCCGAGCCGCCGCGGCGGCUUCCACAGCAUGAAGCGCACCUCCCGGGGUCAGUGGGUAGGGGUCCUCCGGAACUACCAGCUGCAUGAGCUGCGCCGGGCGGAAACCGUACCUGAGGAAGCCGAGUUUGGGCACAUUGAGGAACUCCGCCGCAAGAUGGCCCAACAGGCCGCGCACCUCGCAGAACAGGCCCGAGAGGUCACAAGGCGAUUUUCCGACAGUCUGCAACCCGACACCGACACGCCAGAGGCAAAGCCUGCCAAGCUGCCAGCAGCGACUGAAUCUUCGGAUUCUGCCGAAAGCGACGACAGUGAGGACAAGGCGGCGCCUCGCAACCCUCCACGUCAG